GCCGGCCGCAGGUGUCGCGCUGUCCUGGCCGCCGCGUCGCCGCCGCAGGCUCCGUCCGUGCGGCGCUGCGGCAGCUGCCCCGGCACCGCUGUCCCCGCGCGACCUGCGCCCGUCCUGGCCCAUCGCCCGAGUUUGGCCCUGAGCCAUGGGGAGGAAGCUGGACCUGUCGGGCCUGACGGACGAGGAGACGGAGCAUGUUCUCCAGGUGGUGCAGAGAGACUUCAAUCUCCGAAAGAAGGAGGAAGAGCGUCUCAGUGAGAUGAAACAGAAGCUGGAGGAGGAGGGCAGCAAGUGUAGCAUCCUCGCCAAGCACCAGAAGUUCGUGGAGCACUGCUGCAUGCGCUGCUGUGCACCCUUCACCUUCCUGCUCAACACCCGGCGCCACUGCAGCGACUGCAAGUUCAACGUCUGCAAGGGCUGCUGCUCCUUCCUCAGGCACGAGAAGGCCUGGGUGUGCUGUGUGUGCCAGCAAGCCAGGCUUCUGAGGACGCAGUCCCUCGAAUGGUUCUACAGCAACGUGAAGAGCCGCUUCAAGCGCUUUGGCAGUGCCAAGGUCCUCAAGAACCUGUACCGGAAGCACCGGCUGGAGACCGGCGCGAGCUUUGACGUCCUAGGAACAGGCUUCUUUGAGUCCCACCUGGAGAAUGACGGAAGCAUCUCAGGCAGCGACUCCAGCUUUCCCUGGCAGCCGGAAGGACACAGCAUGAUGGACACCUUGGCUGUUGCCCUGCGCGUGGCAGAGGAAGCCAUCGAGGAAGCCAUCUGCAAGGCGGAGGCCCACGGGGACAGCCUGGACAAGCAGAAGGAGGCCGCGUACCUGCAAGACCACCGAGAGGAGCUCGCCGAGGAGCUGGCUGCCACAAUCCUGCAGAAGAUCAUAAGGAAGCAGAAGAGGAGGAGCAAGCAGCACAUGGAGGAGGACCCCGAGGGGCCACAGCCACCGGGCUGCAGCUUGAAAGCCAAGGACGAGGGCAGCGCAGCAGCCCCGGGAGACCACUCGGUCCCCACCACACUCUGGAGGUCCCAGUCUGCUUUCUCAUUCCCCGGAGGAGACACCCGGAAGACCUCGGCCCUGGAAGCUGCAGCCAGGUGGUGUCCCGGCCAGCCGUGUGCCCUGCCCAGCUGGAAGAGCGUGGACGGGCUGGACGGAACAAGCGCAGCGCCUGUUCUCCAGAGCCCCGACGGGAACUGGGUGGCCCUGAAGGACAGUGUGGCACCCCCUGCACACCUGCUGGCCGCACGGAAGAGCACAACCCUGCAGGCCCUGGAGGUGCCGCCCCGGGCAGCGUCCGCCUACCAGGAGCUGGGCUCUGACAGUGAGGAGGACUUCGACUGGAACGCAGCUUUGAGCAAGCUGUGCCUGCAGGCCCAGGGUGCUGACCACGGCGCCCCAGCCACCUCUCCCUCCCUGGGAGCCUCCCCCAACCCCGAGGCCAUGGGCUCUGACUCCGAGACAUCCUCAGCUGGCUCCUCUCGGGAUGCGGGGCGCCGGGCCAGGUUCUCCUGGCCGCCCAGGAGGGGCCCCCGGAACCCUGCAGCUGAGAGGCUGCGCCUGCAGGGUGAGCUGGACGUGAACUUCAACCCGCAGGCUGCCAGCGCGGAGACCUCAGACAGCAGCGAGCCCGAAGAGGCCCCCCAGGCUGCGGACUGGCGGGCCAGGCAGUGGCGCAGGGCGCACCUGAACCCCAAGGAGCUGGGCACGGAGCAGUGUGGCCCUCACACCUGCACCCAGGAGCUGCACACACAUCAGGGGCCCAGUGACUUAUCGGAGACUGACAUCAGCAACGAGGCUGCAGACUCCCGGAGCAGCACCGACACAGCCGAGGAGAAGCGCAGAGCCCAGCUGUAUGAGCUGGCCAUGAAGAUGAGUGAAAAGGAGACGUCUUCUGGGGAGGACCCCGAGUCUGAGCCCAAGACAGGGCCCGAGAACCAGGAGAGCCUGUCUUCAGAGGAGAACGCCCAGAGUGUGCAGGACGAGCUGAGGAAGAAGUAUUCUGCUGUUUCUCUCUGCAACAUCUCCACAGAAGUCCUGAAGGUCAUCACUGCCACCGAGGAGCUGGUCGCAGGGUCCACUGGGCCCCGGGAGCUCCCUCCAGUCCCUGCUGGCAGCGAGGAGGGGACGUUUCCUCUCAGGGCCAAGCAAGCAAGACUGGAGGAGCAGCUGACCUCCCUGGAAGAGAGCGUGUACCUGGCAGCAGGCACAGUGUACGGGCUGGAGGGGCAGCUCGCCGCGCUGGAGGACGCAGCCUGCAGCAUCCACAGUGGCACCCAGGACACGGAGCUGGCGGAACUGGAGGACCAGGUGGCUGAGGCCGCUGCCCAGGUGCACCACGCAGAGCUGCAGAUCUCAGAUAUCGAGAGCCGGAUUUCAGCCCUGACCAUCGCAGGCUUAAACAUAGCGCCCUGCAUGCGCCUCACGAGGAAGCAGGAGCAAAGGCGAAGGAGCCAGGUGCAAACCAUAGACACCUCCAGGCAGCAGAGGAGGAAGCUACCUGCUCCACCCGUGAAAGCUGGAAAAACUGAGGCAUCUUCAGUGACCACCAUUAAAACAUUUCACAGCAACUUCAUUCUCCAAGGCUCCUCGAUAAGCAGGCCUACAGAGAGCGGCACGCAGGACCUGACGUGCUGGACGGGACUUGCACGAUGGCUCAGGGGGUGCUCGGUGUCGCCCGCAGGAGCCAGCCCUGGAGUCUGCUGCGAUGUACUAGUGCUACUGAGCACGCUGCCAGUGACCCACUGCCCGGCCCACACGACAGUGCCUUCACCAACACCACAGGCCCGCAUGAGUCCACCGGGAGAAGCCCAGGAGGCCGCAGUGACCGUGAAGCAGGGCUGUGACCCCUCGCCCGAAGGCCACCGUGGACCGACAGCCCUGCCCACUCGCCUGAGGCUUGGGGCCACCCCAGCAGCAGCACUGGCUUCCAGCGGGAGCUCCCUGCCUGAGGGGCCUCGUCACUGUCUGCUGCGCUCCUGUGUCGUCUCCAAGAUCUUCUUUCCUUGGCCCUUUGGUUCAGUAGACGUCUGUGUCCAUGACUGUCCCGUGGAAAGUUGUUGGAGGGAGGGAGGCAGGCAUUGUCCCUUCUCAGCAGUGCUCACUGAUCUACCGCAGACAUCUUUGUCUAACGAAUGCCAGGGAAGGUGAGGGGCCCCUGUGCGAGCCCGGGACAGUGUGACAUAGGCCCACCGUACAGGACAGCACGGUCCUCCCUCGGCCACCUCCCACCAGACUGUGAUGCUACACAGCCGUGCUUUGCCACCAGCAGUUACAGCUGGGAGUGGACAGCCCCACGCGCCCUCCCCUGCCCCAGCCCAUCCAGAACGUGUCCGGCUGAGGUUCAGGUUCUUCUGGGGACAGGGGACAGGGCUCAGUACAGCUGCCAUCACCUCCCCCAGGGCCCUGUGUGCAGCCGCCUAGACGCAGUCGGUUUAGCAGUGAGCACACCAGGUGGGUCUGGGUAGACAGCAUAGACCCAGCACGAGAGGUUUCUCCUCCAAAAUUUAUGUCCCAGCUGAUACUCAGCAAGGUAGCAAAAUGACCUUCAAGACAAAAAUAGUUAAAGGAAUAAUGGCCUUCGAAAAUGUACUUAGGAAGAAAGCAAGGACAGACACGAACAUAGCAGACCCACAAGACGAUGACGGCGAUCAGAUACAUGCAUUUGUAGCCUGUUCACUCUUGCAAACGGAAAGGGAAUUUCACUCAGUUAAUUGGGAGUUAGCAACAUCUUUUAAACGUUUGCUCCUGAUAGAUUGAGAAUCUAGGAAGGCAGAGGAGGAGGCGAAGGAAUAGGGAGACAGUGCUCAUCAGGUGCGGCCCCAAAGGAGGCAGGGUCUCACUUAAUCCUUAGACCUCCUCAGUAGGUAAACGCCCUUCUCAGAUUUGAAAACCAAAGGCGGAGAGAUCAGUUUUCUCCAGUGCAACCCCUGCGGACUCAGCAUGGCUGGAAUGCCUGGCUUUGUUUCCAGACUGUGUUCCUUUGCCCCCCUGUGCACCCCCAGACCUGAGUUGCUCCCAAUUCAUGUGUUAAGUUCCCCCCCAGACUGGGUCUGCCCACCUUCCAAGAAUGCUUCUUGCUCAUGCUGUGUACGUGUGCUCCACCCCAAGUGACUCCUUUGAGCAAGUAGACCUUCGGCUUUUUGUUCUGUUGGUGUGAUUCAAAGCAAAACAAAGCAAAACAAAAAAUUGAUUUUAAAAACACAACAACAACAAAAAAAGAUCUGACUUCCAAAUAGAAUGGUUUAAGAGGCAUGAAAAGCAACUAAUGUUGUGUUACAGUGUUAAAAUACUCAGUUUUCUUGACAAAAAAAGUGUAUUGUGUAAGCCUUGAAAAAAAGAAAAAAGAAGUUUGCUCUAUGACAUUUGAAUUUUUAUAAAGGUUUCCUUGUGCCAAAUAAGUACAAAGAUUUAAUUUACUAUUUAAAAACUAUAAGCAUAUGUUAUAGUUCCAGAAGAAUUAUUUUGUCAUCAAGUGAUUUUGAUCUUUAGUGUCAAUAUUUAUAUUUAGAUUAAUUUUUAUAAAUGAAAAUAUUUUAGAGGUUUAAGAAAAUAAGGACGACGGGACAGUAUCUGAUGCCUUCCAAGAGUCAUGCUUGCCUUUGCGUUAUGUGCACUGUCAACAGAGAGGAUGAAGAAGUAAAGUCAUUUAUGAAAACA